UCACCCGACUGCCCGGCGACGGCGGCCACUGGACCCCACGGAGACGCCCUCCAGUCCCCCAAGGUGACAUUGGACUCUGCCCCCGUGCAAGCCCAGCUGGACCGUGGGGACAUGGGCCUGGCCUCCAGCUGGGGGGCUGCCAGCCCCACUGAGCUCGUGGAGGUUGCAGAUGAAGAUGGGGACUCAGACAGCAGCCCCGAUGAAGCCUCAUUUGUCACUGCAGAGGAAGAUCCUGGAGCAGAGGACACAGCCCUGGAGAGAGACUCUGUCAGGUCCCAAUCACUGCCCGGGGCAGAGCAGAGACCCAUGCAGGUGGCCCUGGGGCCCACAUGUGGCCCAGGGCCACCUGGUGAGGAGGCUGAGCUCAGCAUCCGGCUGUGGGCCAUGACUCUGUCCCGGUCUCGGGCCACCUUCUCCCCAGCCCUCCUGGAUGCGGGCACAGCCCACAGCUGCCCCCAGGAGCCCCGCUUCCGCCCCCUGGCAGGUGACCAGCUGUCCUGUGGUGGUGACACAGCUGCCCUCUGGCUGACAGAGGACAAAGCCAAUGCUGCGGAGGACGGGGACCACGUACUCACCAGUCAGCUCCCGCCGGCCCCUGCCUCACCUGGCCUACAGCUGCUGUGCAGGUUCCCAGCACCAGACCCAGACUUUUCAAAGUACAGCCCGGAGCUAGCUGAGGCCCUGCGGACAGGCUGCAUCCCUGACUGCCAGGCAGAUGAGGAUGCCCUGGCCCUGCAGUUCGAGCGGCCGAGUCCCUCAGAGAGGUGGCGGGAGGGUGUCGUGAAGUCCAGCUUCACAUAUCUGCUGCUGGACCCCAGGCAGACACAGGACCUGCCAGUCCAAGCCUUGUCACUGACGCCAGCCCAGUGUCUUCAGAUAUUUGUCCGUGCCAUCUUCUAUGUGGGCAAAGGGACGCGCUCCCGGCCAGACGCCCACCUCUGGGAGGCUCUUGGCUACCGUGGGCGGCCAAGAAGACAGGCCUCCCCCAAGGUGCGCCGGAUCCUGGACAUCUGGGACAGUGGCCGAGGCGUGGUCUCCCUGCAUUGCUUCCAGCACGUGGUGGCCGUGGAGGCUUACACUCGGGAGGCCUGCCUUGUGGAUGCCCUAGGAGUCCAGAUGCUGACCAACCAGAAACAAGGGCACUGCUAUGGGGUGGCGGUCAGUUGGCCCCCAGCCCGGAGGCGGCGCUUGGGGGUGCACCUGCUGCAUCGCGCCCUGCUCGUCUUCCUGGCUGAGGGUCAGCGGGAGCUUCGGCCUGAGCACAUCCAGGCGCGAGGCUGAGUGCUGGAGCUGGCCAUCCAGUGCGGACAGACGUCACGGUGUCUGCUGUCC